AUGGUAGGAAGCUGGUGGGAUGAGUUUUCAAACAAUUUGGCUACAGAUUUAGCGCCUCUCAUUGCCCUAUUUGGGGAAGCGCCGACGAAACAAUAUCUAAGCGAAUGCUUGACCAAGACGGACAUCUUCAUCUUUUCGAUGGCACCUCUAGGUAUUAUCACAACAAUUGUAUCGGCAAUUCGGGUCUGCGGAACACCGUCUCUAAGAGCAUUCAUCGGGAGAGCCCAGGAGGGAGCUGGCAAUGCGGAAGCCGAACUUUGCUCGUCUACCAGUCGAGAAGACUGUGAGCUUUAUAACAAUGGAGGCAUUGCCCGCGUUUUUGGGCGCCCCAAGCUUCUGGAGAUCGUACAUGAUCAGAAUGCCACAAUCGAAGACUUGUUUCAGAAGACAUCCGAUUCUCAAGCCACGGUUGGAAUUUACUUAUUCAAGGAUUAUAUUAAAAAAGUGGGUGAUGAAGAAAAGAAGGUUAUGGAGGAUGGAUCCGAUAACGACCAGGACUUUGCAAUACACCCAAAUCUUUCACUAAAUGUGGGUAUAAAACAAGGCUCAAAAUAUUGGUUUACUGCCGCUGCUAUCUUUGGUGGUCUGCUGCAAUUAAGUGUCCUCGUAUGGGCUACAAUUGCUAGAUACAAAUUCAAUGACGUGAAACGAGACUUACAAGAUAACUAUGCCAUUCCACUGGUUGUUAUUGGUACCUUUCUUUUAUGUUUUGGAACGGGGCAUUGCGCUCACUUAAUUGAGAGCAGCACCAUGGAACGGGUUUUCGAAAGGAGGUCAAAAGGAAAUGGAGAUGGGGGUACAACUACCUCCCAGGUGUACUGGGUCCAACCCGGUACACAGUUUGUUGGGGACCAAGCCUUCGACUCAUUCGCAUACACGCACAAAAAAGGCGAGUUCACACGGUAUAUCACUUAUUGGAAGAUAGGGAGAAAUGGAAAUAACGGAGCUUGGAUAUGGUGUGCUAUAACAAGCACAUCCGUGGGUUUUUUACUACAGUUCCUCGGACUCAGGGAAUGUCAUUCGUCCGUCGCAGUGGCCCAACUCGGGGCGACGAUACUGAUGAGUGUGGUGCGUUCAACUCUGCGCGCGAGUCGAUUACGCGAAGAAGAUGUUUAUCUAGCACAUAAACCUGAUUUGUACAGGACCCACGAGCUUGACUGGCUUGCUCUAAAUAUUGGAACUGAACUUGGGCCAAGCCCCCUCGACUCCGAGUUUAAGCAAAUAUGGACAGUCGUAUCAGGCCCAUAUCACACAACAAAAAACUUUGAUGAUCCCGCAAUAAGGGGAAAUGGAGGAAAUAAACUCCUGAUCCCUGAAGAUUGGUGGGACCCUAAUUUUAAAAUAGAUGAGACAUGGAAAUCUUACGUCAAGUGUGCCCCGUAUAGAUGGCGGGCUGCAGUUCAGUCAAAACAAUCUGCGGCCAAGUCGUUACCAGUGGAGGGAUGCGUUAGGUCUUUUAUGUACAGGGCUCGACUCGCCCGUUUGACUGAUAGCUGGGAGGAUAAGCUUGUCAGUGUUCGAAGCACUGCACAGAUAUUGGCAAAGGCCAUUGAGUCUACGAUGCGGGUCUUCCUUACAUCUGACACUGAUUUUGAGAAAGGGUGGGAUUCGGCCUUUACUCUACUUUGGGUCGUUCACUCAACGCUAGAAGGAACGGAUACUACUAGUGGAAACAUUUACCUAUCACUAAACCGUGAAAUCGAUAAAGAUGGACAACCUAGUGGUAAAUGGCAUGUCGAUGAAUCUGAGCUGGAGGCUGUUCUAGGCUUAUGGCUGUGGUCCCUCCGAGGUAUGAGAAACAAGUUACAGAUAUCCCUAAGGCGUAUAAUUUCCCCAAUACCAGAUUCCACCAUAGAUAUAUAUACCACUACUGACUUUUAUCUUUGGCGCGAGAAUGGAAGCUUUAAGAUUGACGAGAGGAAAAUUAAAUUGAAGCAACAGACAGGUCUGCUAUUUGGUCGACAUAACAUACCUGUUAGAGACUGUACCAAUUUCUCAGUGCUAGAAGUAGCAGCUGAUGCUACAUCGUUAGAAAUGAUGUGUGCUCAGGAGAUCUACGCAUUAUUCUUUUCCUCAAUAACACAUACUAUCAAAAAUCUUGGUGGUAAAACCGAGUUUCAGAAGAGCAAGGGACUGAAGUACGUGAAUGCAAAUGUUGCAAAGCUGCUAGGAUCUUUUACCGAGAGUGGCCUAGGAUCCGCAGUGGAUGCUUUUACCUGUGUCAUUCCAGCGUUAAUAAUUUAA